CUUACUCUGAGUCAAGUGGAGUUGAGAAAGGAAAAUAGAGACAGAGAAAUAGCUUUUUCAGCUUCACUGAUGCAAUCUGGCGAUGGAUUUAUUGGUCCUUUUACCACUGAAAUCACACUAACCUACAGGAACGUCUUCACAAACAUAGGGAACGCCUACAACCCAAUUACAGGUGUUUUCACAGCCCCACUGAAAGGAGCGUACAUGUUCAGAUUUUCUUUAUAUGGUGAUGGCGGAACUGCAGCAACUGUAUCCAUUAUUAAGAAUGGAGAGAUUGUGGUUUCAUCAAAUGAUAAUCAGGUUCAGGCUCAGGAUCGGUUAAACUCCUCAAAUGGAGUUGUGUUGAUCCUGGAGGUUGGAGAUGUUGUCUGUGUGAGACUUUGGUCUGGCAGGAGGAUAUUUGAUAAUGAGAGUAAUCGCAACACUUUCAGUGGUUAUCUACUGUUUCCCUUGAGAUAACAGGAGCUUUGCAGAAUCUGAUUCCAAUAAUUCUGAACCUUCAGUGUAUGAUUUAAGAUGAAAAUCAUGAAGAAUCAUUAACAUAUGAACCUGUAUUAAUGAGGACUAAUGUGUGUUUGAAAUUUU